AUGGCUUCUCGUACACCUUCUACCACGAUGAGAAGUCCAACAGAGUUUUCUAACAUUUCCCUGUUCAUUUUCUUUACUUUAGAAAACCCAGAGAAAGGAAGGAAAGGGAAUAAAGCCUCUGCUUUCUUUAAGAGAGCAUGGAAGGCUGUGAAGCGCCCUUUCCUUUGCUGUGACCGGAGCAGAGUGGUUCCCUUUGAACCACGGUCAGAAGUCGACGAUUUCGAGCACCUGCCUGUUCCAGGUCCUUCCAGGACCGUCGCAGCACAUGCAGACCUUGAGCCGGUGUGGCUGCCAGGCCAGGUCUGUGAAGAUCCCCAGCUGUUGAGUAUUCCGGGCCCCUCCAGGAUCAAUGCAGAUCCGGCCCGUCCUGAGUCCUCGACGGCCCUCACAGGUCAUGUUGACCCUGAGCUUGUGCGUCCGCCAGUCCAGGUCUGCGACCGUCUUGAGUCGUUAGCUGUUCCAGGAACAUCCAAGAUCAAGCCAACGACCAUCGCAGAUCAUGUUGACCCUGAGCAGAUGCGUCCGCCAGUCCAGAUCUGUGAAGACUCUCAGUCGUUGAGUGUUCCGGGCCCCUCCAGGAUCAAGCAUGAUGUGCUGAAUGCAGAUCCGGCCCGUCCUGAAUCCUCAACGGCCCUCACGGGUCAUGUUGAUACUGAGCUGCCAGGCCAGAUCUGUGAAGAUCCUCGGCUAAUCAGUGUCCAUGGCCCCUCCAAUAUUAAGACAAUGACGGAUGCAGAUUCGGCCUGUCCUGAGUCGCCUCCGUCUGUUCAAGACCCCUCUAAAAUUGAUGGGACUGAUGAAAAACCCAAGAAAGGAAGGAAAGGGAAAAGAGUCUCUGCUUUCUUCAAGAGAGUAUGGAAGGCUGUAAUGCGCCCUUUCCUGUGCUGUGACACAGAUAAAGUCCAGCAUCUUACACCACAACCUGAGCCAAAGCCAGAACCAGAGCCAGAGCCUGAGGAUGAAGCAGUGCCUGUUAAAGUUACGCCUGGAAUUGCAGAUCCAGCUGACCCUGAGUCAGUCUGUCUGCCAGGCCAGGUUUCUGAUGAACCUAACAAGCCUUUUGAUCUCACUGUUGGUAAGUCAUCAUUACCUUCCAUUUCCUGUAAUUCAUAAUUAAUAUAAAUGAGUAAUUACUUUACUCCUGCAAUUCUUAUGAAAGUUACUGCUCAUUGCAUUAGAUCCAGAUUCAAAGUAUAGGAGUCGUUUAUUUGAUCCGUUUCACAUCAGACAAUCCAAGUAAAUCUCCCUGCUCUUUUUCUGUGUGUUUUUCAGGAUCU